UUGGUGCUAAUUCUGACAUCUUUCAAACAGUGUGAUGCAUACGAUCAUCUAGAAGGAUAUGGAAAUGACAGUGGUGGCAGCUGUCCCUGUUAAUCCGUGUUUUCAUUACCUGUUUUGAUUUUGUUUUACUUUCAUAUUUAAAUGUAGUUUCAUUCUCUUACACCCUCGGUGGUUUUAGAGUUCCUUUUGCCAUGCCUGCAGUAAGUCUGGAUAUCACCUGUGGGCUUGUGAUUGGACAUGGUUUAGCAGUUUGUGGGGAGAUGACUGGGAAGUACUUUUAUCACCAGCCUAACACGCAGUCAGUCAAGUUGUGUUAGCCAGGAACUUGUUCCUAUAGCCUUAAUUCUGCUCUGUAUUUCCACUGAACAAGAUGAGUCUUCUCACUACAUGUCUGAGACUUGCAGGGCAGGAAUGCAAGGCUAUUAAAUAGACGGAUAUUGCAAAAAUGUAAUAAUGUUGUUUAGGAUUGGUGGAGGUUGGUAUUUAUCAGCCAGCCAAUCUUCAAAGAUUCAUUAAAAACGUAGGAAAUGUAUUUCACAUGUGUUAGUCAGGAAAAUACAGAUACCCUUUAGAGAAGAUUGACUGCUGUGAAGAAAAAAAUCUACAAAGGCAGCUGGCACAAGACAAUGCGAUUGUCUUUUUUUGCCAUUUGAGAUUCAGAGUUACUAGUUUAAUCUUUAUAUGUCCUGAACUAAAAUGCAUGCCAGGAGGAAGUGACAACUUGUGUCCCUGCAGGUCAGUUUUUACAGGACAUCUGAGACAAUGUGUUUGGAGCCGAGCAUACUCUGAACUGCAUCUCCCAGCAGCCCUUGCUUGCUGACGGGAGGAAGCUGUCGCUCUGCUUCCUUCUGGACUUUGGCAGAGACUUUAAGCCUGGAAAGCCGCAGGCUCCCGGCAUUCGCAUUUCACACAGCCCGAGUCUUACCAAAAGCAGCAGGCUCCUCUCCCCUCCCACGGAGCCCGAUGGCGGUGCAGGUGACCGUUCUGCCUUCUCUCAGGUGUCUGUUCGACGACCCCGUUCAGAUCCGUGUGACGGGACUCGUGCCGCAGCAGAGGGUCACGCUCAGAGCCUGCCUUCUGGAUGAGGGUGGGGAGCUCUUCCAAGCCCACGCUCACUACAGGGCUGAUGGCACUGGGGAGCUUGAUCUGACCCACUGCCCAGCACUGGGGGGCAGCUAUUCUGGAGUGGAGCCCAUGGGAUUGCUGUGGUCUCUGCAGUCCAAAACACCAUAUAAGCGGCUGGCAAAGAGGAACGUCCUGACCCCUUUCUGUGUAGACUUGGAAGUAUAUGAGGGCCAUGGGGACAUGAGCCGGUUGCUGGGAAAAUGCACCCAUGAGCGGUGCUUUUUAGGAGAGGGAGUGAAGAGGAUUUCAGUCAGAGAAGGUCGGCUUAAAGCAACUCUCUUCCUCCCUCCUGGGCCUGGACCAUUCCCUGGUCUUAUUGAUCUGUAUGGAUCUGGAGGAGGACUUGUUGAAUACAGAGCAAGUCUUCUGGCUAGCAGAGGCUUUGUGACUCUAGCUCUGGCUUACAUGGCCUUUGAAGAUCUGCCUGCUAUGCCACAGAUUCUUGAACUGGAUUAUUUUCAGGAGGCUAUAGACUUUUUGCAUAAGCAGCAGCAGGUGAAAGAUGCUGGGAUUGGCGUUUUGGGCUUGUCUAAAGGAGCUGAUCUAGCCCUUUCCAUGGCCACGUUUCUACCUGGCAUCAAGGCAGCUGUCAGCAUAUCUGGAAGUGGCUUAAAUUCUUUCAUUCCCCUAAGGGGAGAUGGCUUCACUAUUCCUGCCCACCCAUAUGACUUGGGGAGAAUGAAGACCAGUGAGGAGUCUGGUCUUGUAGAUUUUUCAGAUAUCCUAGAUGAUCACAGAGACCCAGCGACUUGGGAUAGUCGCAUUCCCGUGGAGAAGUCCUUGGCCAAGUUCCUUUUCCUGUCAGGGCUGGAUGACAAGAACUGGAAAAGUGACCUUUACUGCCGGGAUGCUGUUCAGCGCCUUAAUCAGUGUGGACAGAAGGCGGAGUUUUGCUCCUAUUCUGGAGCAGGGCACCUUUUGGAGCCACCAUAUCUGCCUCUGUGCCAGUCUUCAAUCCACAAAGUGCUUGGGGUGUUUGUGCAGUGGGGAGGGCAGUGGAGGGAGCAUGCCAGAGCACAAGAAGAUGCCUGGCACAGGAUACAGGCCUUUUUCUGGAAACACCUGAUGAAAUCAGACAUUCCUAAGAGCCACCUGUAGUAGAGGUGUUGCUGUCAGCAGUGGCGGCAGGAUUAGUAUUUCAUUUCUUACUGUAUUAUGGCCAAAAUCUUCCUGAAUAAUUUCCCAUUUUUGAGUACUAUCUUGCCCCCAGGUGCAGUGUAGACUGACACCAUCUGAUCUGCCUGUGUGCUGGAGAAGACCCAGCAUGGUGACAUGCAGGUUGCAUUUGUACUGAGCUGGCUUUGCCUUCAGUCUCUGUUCCUCUCCCCUUGCAGCAGAAAAUACUCUCAAAGGAGAGACCUCCAUUGAAUUGUGCUACACCUUUAAUUAACCCAGAUACAAACAGUGGCUUUUUGGAAUAAUGCAUCAGUACAUGCACUUACCUUUCCUCUUGGUAUAUUAUGUGCUCACAUUUUUAUAGGAAAAUGGUGCUACAUUUUGGAUCCCAGCUGAGUGAAGUGCAGAAGUAACAUUUGUUUCUGAUACUUCAAAAACCAGAAGAAAUAAAUCUUAUUGAGGUUACAAUGGUAGUAUCUCCUGCUGAUUCCAGAUAUGCAUGUCAGUAUAGUAUACAUGUCAGACUGAAGUUUGCACUGCUCUACUCAAUAAAUAAAAUGUGUCUGUGUGUACGCACAGUUUACUUGAAAUUACCUGAACGAAGGCUUUGCCUGUCUUAAUGCCUGUAAAUACACAGGCAGUGAUCCCAGUGUAGUCACAAGCUGUCUCUUUGCUUGGCUGAAGAGUUCCUAUGCAGUUCUUAACCUCUUACUACUAGGAGGAGGGGGAAAAUUUGUGGAGUACUUUGCACUCUGCUCAAAAUGGGAGUGAUGUAGGUGUGUUAAGUACCUGCUUUUGAAUGUUGAAGCUCAGUUUAUCCCUGUAAUCCCAUUCUGACCACAGAAGGAAGUAGGAGAUGGGUGUCUGUCUUUGAGGCAGCAAAACCUCACCUUGGAGAGAGCACAAAUUCCUGCUGAGAGGAAUUCCUGCCCCCAAGGAGCCCAGAUCCUGCUGAAGGCAGGAUUGUAGCCUCAGUUUUCUCACCUCAGGGAGCAAUGCUUGGACCUUAAGGGGCUGUGGACUCUAAUGCAAUAUAUCUGAUGCAGAGUGUGCUCCCUCACGUACUUCCAAUUUCUUGCCCCUUCCUCAGGAGGUGGCUGGAUAUUUCUCAGCAGAGAUCUCUCUCCUGGUCACCCAUACAGGUGAUCUAUAAGAAUUUCUGUUAUUACAUCUUCAUUUCAGUUUGUGCUCUGUGCAUCUGCAUUCUGCACAAAUGGUAGCUGGUGAAUGGGUAGGACCUGGCAGAAGAACAACAUGUGGCAACAAGGGAACACAAAUGCAUUUAAGCAGUUCAGAUUGGACAAUUGGACAUUCUUUUCUCCGUUAUUUUUCUGUUUUAUUAAAGUAAAAAAAAAUCUGGGUUAUUCAUCCAGAUUUGUCUCAGGCUCAGCGUGCUGUGUUAUGCGGUUUUCUGGGAGAUGAAUGGUUUUGUUCUUUUGUUUUUACUGAAUACAGUGAGGCUUAUGCAGUACAGUGUGUUCUGUGGUGUAACUCACAUCUGUUUUAAUCCCUUCUGAGAUGAAGACAUACUUUCUCAGUCUUCAGUGGGCAGUUUAUAGAUGUACAUUUUGAAUCACAAUAUUGUGAGCUGCUGAAAAGAUACAUUUCACUAUAGGAAACUACUACUGAAGGAAAAAUACUUUUAAUCAGUACGUGUACAACGUUGUCAGUGGUGCUUUCAUACAGUCUGUUAAGUUGCCACAUUCAGCAGUCACAUUCAAGAAGAACAGUGUUGAAACGAGGUAGGAGAAAGCUGUGACGUGAUUCCAUUGAUGAUGGUAGCACACAGGACCUCUUUGUUUUGUCACUCUGAAAUUAAAGCUUUGCCAGCCAAUUGAAAGCUCUGUAUUUACCACAUGGGUGGUGUCUGGCAAGAAUGACUGAAAAGACUGAUUAAGCAGUAAAAAGACUGAAAAGGGCGAUUUAGCUGAAUCGGUGCCAUGUUCAAACAAGAAAAUAUGUCAGCCGGUUCUGUUGUGCAGGGUGUUCUUUUAAAAUCAGCUGGCCUUUGCAGAAACUCAGGUUUUAAAGUUAUCUUUGGGAAAUAGAAACUGGAAACCAAAGGGAGACUAAUAUCAAGUAAUUGGAAGUGGCUUAUUUUCAAUGAAAUGCUUAUGUUUGUUCUUGAGCAUAUUCUGCAGUGUUUUGCACAAUGGUUUGAAUUCUUAGCAUUUCUUCUGCUGAAGAGGUAGUUUAGACAAGUGGGGCUAAGAUGACAUUUUUCUGAGUUGGAGAUGAAGAUUCUACCAAUGGCAGAAGCUUUGUGCAUCUUCUCCAGGCUUGCAGAGUAUGGGCAAUGUUAUUCAAGGAUGAUGGGAAAGGUAUUUAAUUACAGGUUAUUGAUCUUUACCUGCAAAAGAGAGUCCACGCUAAGCACAACUGAUAAAACCAAUAAAAUGGAGAUCAGAAGAUCAGUAAAAGAGCAGAAAUCUUUUCUUGUAAUUUGCUUGUAACUGAAGAGUGCUUCAGAUGAAAUAGCACAUCAGAAGAUUCACUUGAACAAAAAGAUCUCAGCUUGAUGCUUGCAUCAGUCCUGCUUUUGUUUAGCGCUGUGCACUACGUGUCUAUUAAGAGAAUGAGAAGAGCUUCCUAAGAAACUGAGAAGCAGUCUCACACAUAAACAGCUACAAAUAAGUUUGUUAAAAGGGAAUGAUACAUCUUGCAAUGCUCUUUUUGGGCAAUAUCAUUUCCAUAGCUCAUUUGUAAUUGGGCAACAAUACAGACUGCUGAAUUGUCACUGCAUCUUUCAGGUUUUCCUUCUUUGCUCUGGUUGAACUUGUGGUCUCUCGGCAUGGAAAGGCAACUAACCCAAAGAGAAUGUAAAUGCUGUGAAAAAAAUCCCAUCUGUGAUUUGAAUCUCUUUAUUCUCUACUGUAGCCUUACUGCCCAGCACCUCUGAAUCUGAUGUAAUCUGGGUGAACGUGAUCUGGGCUAUGUGACAUGCAUAUAGCUUAUUAUUUUAAAGUAGCUGUCAGUGAAGCAGGCCACAGGCUGUUGGCACACUGUGAGACCUUUGGAUAUAGCCUUACUUUUUCAUUGUGGGCUUUCUGUGUCACAAUGCAGUUUUUCUUUGCAUAGCUCCAUCUGACUCUUAAUAGCCCUUCAGAAAAAGCUCCAGGGACUUCUGGUCAGGAGCACCAGGUUGAAAUAAUUUGAGCAUGGCAUGAGGCAACGAACCCUGCAUUUUUCAAGGCUCCUUGAAAAAGCUUAUGAGACCGACCUUUCUUUCAUGGGUUCUUUCCCCAUACUUUGCUGGGUAUGUUCUUAGGCUCUGUGUAGUUGACAAAGAAAGAAAACCCUUGAAACUCUUCAGCAGAUACCUAAAAGUACCAGGUACAAUUAUUUGUAUGUAAGCUAAAGCUGAUCCUGAAGCAUUUUUGAUGUAUGUAAGGUAUAACUCAGAGGAAACUUCAGGGUGAAAGGAAUCCCAUUGUCUCUAUUAGAGGAGAGUGAACCACAAUUACAGGAGAGGUAAAACAUCUUUGAGAAAGUACCUGUACAUUGAGGCCUCUGCAAAAGUACUGAACAGUGGAGAUUUUGGUGGAAUUUUACUAGGAGCUGCUCUGAACAAGGAGACUUCUGUGUAAAUGUGCUCCUGUAACCGUAGUAGUUUCUUACCAAGGAGCAUCUCUGCAUGGCUUCUGAAAGCAGGGCUGUUUCUCAGCCAAAGGGUGGAAGGAAUGAAAUGAAAGAUGAGAAUAUGCGUUGUGAGGUGU